UCCUGAGACAGAGAGGCCGGAAGUUGUCCCCACAGAACCGCGCGGCUGUUAGGGUGGCGAGUGGAGGCUGUGGUAACCGGGUGUUUAGGGUUCUUGGCCUGGUAGUUGCGGCGAGGGUCGGUGUAAGGGGCACCGGGAUUUGGGGCGGGGAUAAUGGCAUCUCGGGCAGGCCCGCGAGCGGCCGGUACCGACGGCAGCGACUUUCAGCACCGGGAGCGCGUCGCCAUGCACUACCAGAUGAGUGUGACCCUCAAGUAUGAAAUCAAGAAGCUGAUCUACGUGCAUCUGGUCAUAUGGCUGCUGCUGGUUGCCAAGAUGAGUGUGGGACACCUGAGGCUAUUGUCGCAUGACCAGGUGGCCAUGCCCUAUCAGUGGGAAUAUCCGUAUUUGCUGAGCAUUGUGCCCUCUCUCUUGGGCCUCUUCUCCUUCCCUCGAAACAACAUUAGCUACCUGGUGCUCUCCAUGAUCAGCAUGGGGCUCUUUUCCAUAGCUCCUCUCAUUUAUGGCAGCAUGGAGAUGUUCCCUGCUGCACAGCAGCUCUACCGCCAUGGAAAGGCUUACCGCUUCCUCUUUGGUUUUUCUGCCGUCUCUGUCAUGUACCUGGUGUUGGUGCUGGCAGUCCAAGUGCAUGCCUGGCAGUUAUACUACAGCAAGAAGCUCCUAGACUCUUGGUUCACCAGCACACAGGAGAAGAAGCGUAAAUGAAGCCUGCCUGAUGGACUGCUCUGUGGGGUAGAAGCCUGGGCCUCCCAUUGAGUGGAGUGAGAAGUAGAGGAGCUGCUCUGAAAUCUUUGGUGAUUUUGGCAGCCGUGAUGUUGGCAGCUAGUGCAAACGCAGUCCACGUGCUGGAAAGCCCCUCCUGUUGCCAUCAGCUAAGGUGGCAAAACUAUAUUUAACUUAUUCCUGGUUGGCUGGAACUGAGUGAUCAACAACUGUAGAACAAACUUGCUGAAGUUGAAGCCCUUCUGGGGUUUUCUUUAAGACCGAGCCUCAUCCUUGCCUCUUGGUCAUUCUCUCCACUUUCAUCAAUUACCCCUUAGCCACCAAGACUGAAGGAGAUAGGGAAUAAAUCAAAUUCUACUUCAAUCUAUAGGUUGUGGGGCAGGAAUCAUUUGCGAGGCUCCCCCUGCAGGCUGUGGCAUUUUAAUGAAAAGAACUUCAAUAAAGUUAGAACUGCCUUGUC